AUGACUGACGGCAAAUAUCACCGCCAGCAAUCCCACCGGGCACCACGUGGAGUACAUUGCUCGAGCCAUGCCGGACAGACGAGUGAGGACUACCUUACCCCGACCCAGCGGGCUCAGCGCCAGAUCAGACGACUGAAGGAGCUGCUCUCGCAGGCUCGCAUAGACCUGGAGCAGCGUGAUACUGAAAUUCUAAGACUUACCAAAGAGGUUGUUGAGCUGCGGUUCUUCAAGGCAUCGCUCAGUUCCCCGGAGGAACGUUCAAACUCCAGUGACGCCGUAACGGUGCGAGAGAACACCACCAACGAUGCAAACACGCCCAGGGCAUUUCAUCGAUUGUGGAUCAAACGGACGAAUUUCAUGGACAAGAUGUCCACCUCGGAGAUGCAGAGCUCGUUUGCCGAUUCGGGACAUUUCGAGGACAUUACGACCUCGUCGAUCCAUUCCAAGGAUUCGUACGUACACACGCAGGAUCGUGCUUGCGGAAGCGACGAUGACAUUGGGAAGCAGCGGCUUGUCGAGAUGUACGAAGCUCGCAUUGAGGAGCUAGUUAAACAGCAACAGGCAGACGAACAGCAGAAUCGAAUGUCCAACAAUGAUCGCGUUGAGGCUUUGCUGCAGAAAUUGUCCGAGUCGAACAGCAGAUACUGUGAUCUGGUUCCAGACUACUGUGAAAAUCACCAACCGGUUAACAUUGUCAAAAUGAGUUUUAAUUCUAGACGCAGUCGAUGCCGCCGAUGUAUCUAG